GCAGCACGCAAGGAAGCCGUCAUGGCUUCCGUCCGGAACGAGCUCGCCCUCGUCAACGCGCAGGAGCUGAUGAACAAAGCAAACGAAAAGUGCUUCGCCAAGUGCGUCACGAAGCCGUCCACCUCCCUGUCUGGCUCGGAAGAGACAUGUCUGGCACGGUGUCUGGAUCGGUACAUGGAAGCCUUCAACAUCGUCAGCAGAGCCUACACGAGCCGGAUAGCAAAGGAGCGUGCAGACAAUCAAUUCUAG